AUGCCAUCACAUAUCCACUCAGUAACGAACGUACACCGCAUCGCCUGCAUCCCAGGUGACGGAAUCGGAGUCGACAUAACAGAAGCGGCUAUACAAGUCCUCAACGUCCUCGCCAAGACUAUCGGCGGCUUUGAAUUCGACUUUAAAAUCUUCGACUGGAGCAGUAAGAACUAUCUUGAGCGAGGAUGGUACAUGCCACCUGAUGGUCUAGAGCAACUAAAGGCCUAUGAUGCCAUAUACUUCGGCGCAGUGGGUUGGCCCAACGUUCCCGACCACAUAUCCCUCUGGUCACUCAUCUUGCCAAUUCGGAAAUCCCUAAAUCAGUAUGUCAACGUGCGGCCUACACGCAUCCUCCCUGGAACCACAUCUCCAUUGUCCAACUGCAAACCCGAAGACCUUGACUGGAUGAUCAUCCGCGAGAACAGCGAGGGCGAGUACUCAGGUCAAGGCGGUACGUCUCAUGAAGACAGUCCGCACACAAUCGCCACCGAAGUGAGCAUCUUCACGCGCGUCGGCAUCGAGCGAGUAAUGCGAUAUGCGUUUGAGACAGCACGGUCGCGACCACGCAAGAAGUUGACCAUGGUGACCAAGAGCAAUGCCCAGAGACACGGCAUGGUUCUCUGGGACAAAGUCUUCUACGAAGUGGCAAAGGAGUACGAAGAUGUUGAAAUUGACAAGAUGCUCGUGGAUGCGAUGACUGUGCGCAUGACGCUGCAUCCUUCUACUCUCGAUACUAUUGUCGCUACCAACUUACAUGCAGAUAUCUUGUCUGACCUUGCCGCUGCGCUGAGUGGAUCGAUUGGUAUUGCGCCAUCGUCUAAUCUCGACCCUACGAGGAAGAAUCCGAGCAUGUUUGAACCCAUCCAUGGCUCUGCCCCGGAUAUUGCGGGCAAGGGUAUUGCGAACCCGGUAGGCGCAUUUUGGAGUGCCGCUGAGAUGGUGCGGUGGGUUGGUGAGGAGAAGGCAGCGGAUGGACUUAUGAAGGCGAUUGAGAAUGUGACUGCGAGGGGAGUCAAGACGAAGGAUCUUGGUGGGAGUGAGAACACCAAGGGCGUUACAGAGGCGGUGUGUGCGGAGAUUGAGACGCUCUUCAAGAGUGGCUGA